UGUGAAACCCAAUAAUUAUUUGAAAAUUAUAUUCCCGACCAUAUACACCCAUGAAUUUGACACUACACGUCUCAAUUCAAAUCUACGAUGAGUUUAUGAAUUCUAUUCCCUUAUAUAUAGUCUACUCUUUUUUUUUUUUUUUUAACCAGGAAGUUUAAUCCCAUUCGAAUCAUAGAGCAUGAAAAUUUUUGACAUUCUCAGCAAAGUGCGCUACUCGGAGAUCUCGAACUUGUGUAGUCACUCUCACCGGAUUGAGUUCGCUUAUAUAUAGUCCACUCCUUUUUGAUAUCCUAUUACACAGUAUUAUUUUCUCUCCGAUAAAUGUACAAGGUCUGGCUCCAUACCUAUUAAUUUCCUUCCCAGACAUUAUUUAUCAAUGGAAGGAAGUAAUCACUCAUCUAGAAUUCAAAGAAACUUGAAAGAGAGAGAUCGAAGAAUGCAUUUAAAAAAUAUCCUUGCCGGCCUUGCUUCUGUUCUUCGUCCCCGAUCCAAGUUAUCAGCUCCUGAACUGCUGGAAGAAGCUGCGAGUCAUAUAAAGCAAAUGCAUGCAAGAAUAGAGGAACUGAAGAUAAGGAAGGCACAAGCGCAAGAAGAUGAUGAUUCUUGCAAAGAUCAACUGGCAGCCGGAAAUUCAAGAAUGUUACCGAUAUUAGAUGUAAAGAGUAAUGACUGUACAGUAGAAGUGAAUAUAAUAAGUGGGGUGAGCAAGAACUUUAUGUUACAUGAGGUUAUUACUGUCAUGCAAGAAGAAGGAGCUGAAGUAGUUAGCUUUUCAUGCAAUAAAGCUGGUGACCGUUUCAUCUACACAAUUAAGUCCCAGGCAAUUUGUUCAAGAAUUGGAAUAGAGACACGAAAAAUUAAUGAGAGAUUGAAGGACUUGGUACAGUAGCCUAACUGGCUUGAAUGUACCUCAACCAUGUUUGGACCACCUAAUUGAUCGGUUCAAUUCGAUUUGAUCUCUAAGGUGUUUAGUUUGAUUUUGGUUCAAGUA